AUGGGGAUCCAGCGACUCGGAAUAUUCCUGCUGGCGAUCGGCGUUCUCGCCGCCGCCUCCGCAGCACGCAGCACGGAGAAGAAAGCGGGGGCGGUGGUGGAGGCGGAGGACCAGGAGGCGGCAGCCACCAACAGUCAAGAGAAGAAGCGGGAGGAGCAGAAGGCUACCGAAGAAGAGGGCCGAGGCGAAGGCGAGCGCCGGCAGGACAAGCGGGAGCUGCACGGCGGCUUCGGGGGCGGCGGGGGAUUCGGGGGCGGCGGAGACUACGGCGGCGGACACCACUUCGGGGGCGGUGCCGACUUCGGGGGCGACGGAUCCUUCGGCGGCCACACAAGCUUCGGGGACGAGACGGCCUUUGGAGGCGGCAGUAGCUUCGGAGGCGGUAGUGGCUUCGGAGGCGGCAGUGGCUACGGUGGCGACGGAGGAUUCGGAGGCGAUGGAGGCUUCGGAGGCGGUGGAGGAUUCGGAGGCGGUGGAUAUGGUGGCGGUUAUGGAUAUGGUGACAAAGGUCACCACGAGCACGUGUCAGUGAAAGACGUGCCCUCGACGACGCUGACGAAGAAGAUACCGGUGCCGGUACCUCAGCCGUACCCAGUCCACGUCCCAGUGCCCAAGCACGUGCCCUACACUGUUGAGAAGAAAGUCCCCUACCCUGUUAAGGUACCUGUCGACAAGCCCUACCCAGUACACGUGCCCAAGCCGGUGCCGUACCCCGUCACCAAGGAGAUACACGUCCCAGUCAAAGUUCCCGUCGAAAGGCCGGUCCCAUACAAAGUUCCUGUGGAGAAGCUGGUCCACUACCCUGUGGAAGUGAAGGUGCCUGUACCCAAACCUUACCCCGUACACGUGGAAAAGCCGUAUCCGGUAUAUGUGGAAAAGAAGGUACACAUACCACACCCGUACCCAGUGGAGGUCAAGGUUCCAGUACCAAAGCCCUACAAGGUCCCAGUCAAAGUCCCGAUCCACGUACCAGUUGACAAGCCGUACCCAGUCCACGUCAAGAAACCGGUGCCCUAUAUAGUCCACAAGCACGUGCCGUACCCGGUGAAGGUCCCCGUCGACAAACCGUACCCUGUCGAGGUGCCGAAGCCGUAUCCGGUCGAAGUCAAACAACCGUACCCAGUGGAGAUAGAGAAGAAAGUACCACUAGAGGUGGAGAAGAAAGUACCUUAUCCAGUGAAAGUGCCAGUCGACAAGCCUUACCCAGUGCACGUACCACACCCGUACCCAGUGGAGAUCAAAGUUCCAGUACCAAAGCCCUACAAGGUCCCAGUCAAAGUCCCGAUCCACGUACCAGUUGACAAGCCGUACCCAGUCCACGUCAAGGUUUUCGUCGAGAAGCCGUACACUGUGGAAGUACCUAAGCCGUACCCAGUCGAAGUUAAGAAACCGGUGCCCUAUAUAGUCCACAAGCACGUGCCGUACCCGGUGAAGGUCCCCGUCGACAAACCGUACCCUGUCGAGGUGCCGAAGCCGUAUCCGGUCGAAGUCAAACAACCGUACCCAGUGGAGAUAGAGAAGAAAGUACCACUAGAGGUGGAGAAGAAGGUACCUUAUCCAGUGAAAGUGCCAGUCUACAAGCUUUACCCAGUAGGCUACCGGCUGGACACGGCCACAGAUGUGGCUCGCGCGACGCGGUGCUCCAUCUUGCGCGCUGACAGCCUCAUCGGGGUUAGCGGAGACCCGGCCCGCUACUGCACCAGCCGCGGCUGCGCCAGCCAGUAG